GAAAACCGGCUUCACCUUACAGACGGAGAACUCUGUGAAAAUGGAUCCUUUUACUUCGCCACAAAAGAUCUUAUAAAUAAAGGACUGCUGCAGGGAGGGAAGGUCGCCUACUUUGAGAUGCUCCCAGAGAACAGUGUUGAUAUCUAUGAGGACAGCGACUGGCCUGUAGAAGAACAGAGGGUUCUCAGGUUCGGUUACUUUGGUAAAGAUAAUCUGGGGAAGUUGCGCAUGCUCCUGUGUAACGUAUCGGGCUGCCUGACUGAUGGACAGGUCUCUCUGUCUUCAACGGGAGAGAAGAUGUUUUCUUUUAACACCAGAGACCUGACCGCCAUCAACAUGCUGAAGAAUGAGAAGAUAGAGAUCAAAAGUUGUUCUAAAUCUUUUCCACAGGUGAUCCUUAUCUCAUCCAGUGAUGAUCCGGUUUCAGACGCGUUUGCAGAGAAGCUGUAUGAGAAAACAGGUUGUAAAGUGACGCAUCUGAAAGAAGAUAAACAAGUGGAACUGGAGAGACUGCUGAAAGAGAAGAGGCUCAAGUGGAAGAACGUGGCCUUUAUGGGUAAUGAUGUGCCAGAUGUGGACUGCCUGAACCUGGCCGGUCUCAGCGCAGUGCCCUCUGACGUCCCCACUGUGGUUCUUAAUGCAGCUAAAUACCAGUGCCAGAGUGCAGCAGGACACGGGGCCCUCAAGGAGUUUGUUGAACACCUUCUCCUGAUGAAGAAGGGGGCCAUGUUUCAGGAGGAGAAGAAGAGAAAUUAAUUAAACUAAAUGUGGGGUUCAAAGCACAGAUCUUUUGUUCGAGGUUUAAGGUUAAGGUUUUAGAUUUUAAUUAUAAUUGUAUUUGCUCUUAAAGAAAAAUAAAUGGAAUAAUCUUUAAUGCUGUUUUGAUGAACCCUUGUGAAAAUGUUACACAUUUACACCACAUUGUCACUGAGGGUGUACUUACUUUUGUUGGCUGCUAUUUUAAAUGAUUUCAAGUUGUUAUGUUGAGUUAUUUUCAGAUGAACACUGAACUGUCUCGAUGAUUAGAAGUCCAGCUGUUACACUUUAUUCCACUUUAUUCGCAUUAGACAUAUAGUUUAGACUUAAACUCAUUCUCCAUGUUUUUGUGUUUGUAUUUUCAUUAGAUUUGAAUGUCAUUGCUGUUAAAGUUGAUUAAGCCAAGCGAUCUACUCAGGCAUUUUAUAAAAUAAAACAUUUUAACUGUUCAAAUGUUGGUCACAAAUGUUCAAACAGAGUUGAUAAUAAAAAAAUUUAAAAAAGCAA